AAAGCCAAGCUAUUGAUAGUCUGAGGUUUCUUGUCAUUGGGGAUAUGGGUGGCCUGGAUAUAGAACCUUACAGCACAUAUUAUCAACGCUGCACAGCUCAAGAAAUGGGAAAGAUAGCAGACGUAUACAUGCCCCAGUUCAUCUUGGAACUGGGAGAUAAUUUCUAUAUGAAAGGUGUUGCAAAUGUUCAUGAUAAGAGGUUCCAGUGGACCUUUGAGGAUGUCUAUAACCACACAUCACUUCAAGUACCGUGGUAUUUAGUGGCUGGAAACCAUGAUCACUCUGGGAAUGUGACAGCUCAGAUUUUAUACUCUAAAUUUUCAAAAAGAUGGAACUUUCCAAGUCUGUACUACUAUCGGGAAUUCCCUGUUGGGACUGGAAACCACACAUUUGGUUUAAUUUUUAUAGAUACUGUUCUGUUGUGUGGGCAUUUAGAUGAUCUGAGUACUGAGCUUAUUAGCAGACCUGAGGACAAGCAUUUAGCUGAGGAGCAGUGGAUUUUUAUCAGUCAAGCUUUGCAGAAAAGCAGAGCAGAUUACCUGUUUGUUGCUGGUCAUUACCCAGUCUACUCAACAGCAUAUCAUGGUCCAACUAAAUGUUUGGUGGACAGAUUGCAGCCAAUGCUGGACAAAUACAGAGCUAACGGCUAUUUUUCUGGACAUGACCACAAUCUGCAGCAUCUUCAAGUUAAAUCCAGUUCUGGGGGCAGCAUUGACUACUUUGUAUCUGGCAUGGCCAACACUGUAGAUCCGACUGCAUUCAGUGAGAAUAAAGUGCCAGCAGGAUCUUCUUUGUUUCAUUAUGGACACCUUCUUUCAAGAGGAGGUUUCUUGUAUGCAGAAGCAACUUCAAAUAAUUUAACACUUUUAUUUAUAAAUGGACAGGGUAAACAGUUAUAUUCUACUGUGAUCUUUCCUAGGAAAUAG